CUAAUUACCAUAUUUAUGGUGCUAAUCACCAUAUUUGCACAGCUAAUUAGCAUAUUGUGCCCUUGCAGACUUGAGAAAGUCCUGGAUGACCUUGAGGACAUUAAGGAGAGUGUUCAGGCUAAGGAGGAGUUGGAGGCGUCUUUCUACGCUCCUCCUGCCGCUGACGUGACCUUCACAUCUCACAGGACUUCAAGACCCAGCUCUGCGACUGCCAGCACCAGCGGCGUGGCCGUUGACCUUCAGCACCGCAUGUCUAACCUUGAGGGCCAGCUGGGUUCCAUUAAGGACCUGCUGGAACACCUGCAGCCCAGACAGGCACCCGGGGGCUCCGCAGGGGACAGCCGUGGGGCCACGCAGGCACCUGGGGGCUCCGCGGGGGACAGACCUGCUGUUGCCAGGCGACCAAAGUCGCUGGUGCCUCCAGAGUACAGCGACUUCCCAGACGCUGAUGACAUCAUGUGAGGAGGCAAAAACACAGGAAUAAGAAUAUCACACAGGAAAGGACUGAAAAAAAUUGUACGAGAACAUAGCAGAUAUUUUAUGUACGAUUUUAGCAAAACUGAAUUUCUUUUGACUGCUCUUUUCCAAAUUAUUGCUUUUAUGUAUAUAUGUAUGUAUCAUUAAAUCAUGAUAUCAGGAUGUAACCUGCAUUAUAAUGUAUCAAACCACGAACUGAUGCAUGGCCCAAACUCCUCAUAGAUCUUUGAUGACAUUUUUUGCCCUGUGGUGGCGUAGUUACUUCCGCAUUCUCUGCAUUUCGUUGCGGUGUGAUGCAUUGCACGAGAAAUACCCCAAAUCGUACACAAUCCUAUACAGGGUGCAGGACAAGGGUUAUUGAUUCUUUCAUAUCUUAGUGAGACAACAACUUAACUGUGAUGCUGUAUCUGUAUCAGUAUAUUCAGUAUAACCGCCUUUCGGCGUAACACCAGCUUUGCAGGCACGCGGCGCGGCGGCAGCUAGCUAUAUCUCACCGAACGACUUGUUACACUCAAUAGUUGUGAUGCAAGACAACUACAUUGUAAGAAGCUGUGUCUUCUGCUCUGCUGCUUUUAUCAAGUCAAAAAUAGAGAUAGUUUUAAUUAGAUGUUUUUACUAUGCUAGAGAACUUGUGGAGACAGUACAAGGUGUCACCAUGAAAUGGAUGAACUGAACUGAACUAUUUUAACCACCAGCAAAGAUGUGUAAAUUUCCUGCUAGUAUAACGAGGAAGAAAUAUAAUAUAAUAUUACGUUCUGUAUAUUGUGCAAAAGUAUUUGUAACAAAUUGAGUGCCUAGCAAUGUAUCAAAAGUAGUUUAUAUUAUGUAGGAAUAUGAAAUUCAAUGUUUUUAAGACGACCGACACAGAUCAGCUUUUAUGCUAUAUUUUAUGGUCUUUCAUGUACAUAUAUAUUAUGUGUGUGCCUAUGCAAAAGCUUAUUUGUAUUUUAGAACUACGUAAAUGGCUUCAGUUGUUGCUUUUCUACAGAUGCUUAAAAAAUCUGCAAGAAAGUCCAAAGAAGCGCCUUUAUUUAUAGACUCUGAGGAUAACUUUUAAGAUGCAAUAUAGAAUACUUAGAAACUAUAACUUUAAGUUACAAUCCUGGUACAAGGUUGAGAAAUAAAGGGGGAAG